AUGAAGCCUCCUGGCAGCAGCGCCCUGCGGCAGCCCCUCUCCGGCCGCAGCCUCCCCGAAGCCGCCUCCUGCCUGAGGCUCCGGCCGCCCAGCCGCCUCCAACUGCUGCUGGGGCUGCUGCUCCUCUCCGGCCCCGCCUGGCCCCAGCCCUGGGGGGCUGCUGCAGCCACCGCUCUGCAUUGGAAUGAAACUGCAGGAGGAAUAGCAGGAGCACUGGCAGAUAAAGAGAAUACAUUUCUACAGAGUAACAGCAGUAGCAGUAAGAAUAACAACCAGAGCAAUGAAAUCCAGAAAGAAAUCACACUGCCUUCAAGACUGGUCUAUUAUAUCAACAGAGACUCUGAAAGCCCUUACCAUAUCCUGGACACUAGGGCAAGACACCAGCAGAAACACAACAAGGCUGUGCAUCUGGCCCAGGCAAGUUUCCAGAUUGAGGCCUUCGGCUCCAAAUUCAUCCUUGACCUCACAUUGAAUAAUGAUUUGUUAUCCUCUGAUUAUGUGGAGAUUCACUAUGAAGAUGGAAAACCACAAUUUUCUAAGGGUGGAGAGCACUGUUACUAUCAUGGAAACAUCAGAGGUGUCCAAAACUCCAAAGCUGCCCUUUCAACAUGUAAUGGACUUAAUGGCAUGUUUGAAGAUAGCACCUAUGUGUACUUCAUAGAACCAAUGGAUCUGACCCACAGUGCAAAAAGCACAGGCAGGCCACACAUCAUCCAGAGGACUUUAGGAACACAAACAUUGAAGCAAAUGAAGAAUGUUGAGACCGAAUCUAGUUCUGAGUGGUCCUUCCUGUCUGAGUUACAGUGGCUCAGGAAAAGGAGAAGAAAGAGGGCCGUGAGUGCAUCUCGUGGUAUAUUUGAAGAGAUGAAAUAUCUAGAGCUCAUGAUUGUCAAUGACCAUAAAAUGUUCAAAAAACAUCGUUCUUCCCAUGCGUACACAAACAACUUUGCAAAAUCUGUGGUAAACCUUGUAGAUGCAAUAUACAAGGAACAGCUGAACACCAGGGUGGUUUUGGUUGCUGUGGAAACCUGGACAGACAGGGAUCGUAUUAAUAUUCGCCCUGACCCUCUGCAGAUGCUUCAUGACUUCUCCAAAUAUCGACAGUACUACAUCAAACAACAUACUGAUGCUGUACACCUGCUCUCGAAUGUGACAUUCCACUACAAGAGGAGCAGCUUGAGUUACUUUGGAGGGGUUUGUUCUGUGACCAGAGGAGUUGGAGUGAAUGAGUAUGCCCUCCCAUUGGCUAUGGCACAGGAAUUAUCACAAAGUUUGGCUCAGAACCUGGGAAUACAGUGGGAGCCAGCAACCAGAAAACCGAAAUGUGACUGCAUAGAAUCCUGGGGUGGCUGCAUCAUGGAGGAAACAGGGGUUUACCACUCCAGAAAAUUUUCAAGAUGCAGCAUUGCAGAAUACAAAGAAUUUUUACUCAGAGGGGGAGGUGCCUGUCUUUUCAACAGGCCAACAAAGUUGUUUGAAACUCCCGAAUGUGGAAAUGGAUAUGUAGAAGCAGGAGAAGAAUGCGAUUGUGGUUUCCGAAUGGAAUGCUAUGAAAACUGCUGUAAGAAAUGCUCUCUCUCUAAUGGAGCUCACUGUAGCGAUGGACCCUGCUGUAACACAUCCUGUCUUUUUUUCCCACGAGGCUAUGACUGUCGAUAUGCAGUGAAUGAGUGUGAUAUUACAGAGUACUGUACCGGCGACUCUGGUCAGUGCCCACCAAAUCUUCAUAAACAAGAUGGAUAUGCUUGUGAUUCUAAUCAAGGACGUUGCUAUAAUGGAGAAUGCAAGACAAGAGACAAUCAGUGCAAAUACAUUUGGGGAAUUAAGGCUACAGGGUCUGACAAAUUCUGUUAUGAGAAGCUUAAUACAGAAGGCACAAAAAAAGGAAACUGUGGAAAGGAUGGAGACCGAUGGAUUCAGUGCAAUAAACAUGAUGUGUUCUGUGGCUUUUUGCUCUGCACUAAUCUUACUCGAGUUCCACGAAUUGGUCAUCUUCAGGGAGAAAUUACCCCAACCUCUUUUUACCACCAGGGGCGUGUAGUGGAGUGCAGCGGUGCUCAUGUGCUUUUAGAUGACGAUACAGAUUUAGGAUAUGUGGAAGAUGGAGCUCCAUGUGGCCCUCACAUGAUGUGUGUAGACAGGAAGUGCCUACCAAUUCAGUCCUUGAACAUAAGCAGCUGCCCUAUUGGUUCUAAUGGAAAAGUCUGUUCAGAUCAUGGGGUGUGUAGUAAUGAAGCCACUUGCAUUUGUAAUUUCUCCUGGGCAGGGACAGACUGCAGUAUUGAUGACCCUAUCAGGGAUACUCCCAACAAGAAGGAUGAAGGACCUAAGGGUCCUAGUGCCACCAAUCUUAUAAUAGGUUCCAUCGCUGGUGCCAUCCUGGUAGCAGCUAUUGUCCUUGGGGGUACAGGAUGGGGCUUUAAGUUAUCAGGUGUUCACAUGCACAUACGGUACUGUGGUGUCAAGUCCAAAUCAAACAAAUGUCAAAAAGAGAAGGUACGAUCCAAAUCAGCAAGGUCCUAUCUGAAGGAACUUGGAAAAGCUUCUUCUUGCACUACUGGAUUCUGGGUGUGA